UGCCGUGCAGUGAAGGCCAACCGAAGGCAAUGAUUACAUAAGAUUGUCGUAAUUUAUUGUGUAAUGAAUGCAAUAUUGAGUGAAAUGUUGACAAAACGGACACUAAUUUUGUUAUGAUUUUACACUUAAUUAUCGUUUAAUUUAUUAUAGUUUUUAUUAAUCCUUUUAAUGAGCGAUGGAUUUAACGCAAAGUCUCUUCCAAUGGCUCAAGACAUUUGAUUUGGCCAUCAAUUGUGGUUCGGUUGAAGACCUGUGCGAUGGAGUGGCCAUCAGUCAUGUCCUCAACCAAAUAUGUCCCGAAUAUUUUAAGACCGAAUGGCUUAAGAAGAUUGAGGCCGACUGCGGGACCAAUUGGAGACUGAGAGUCUCUAACCUGAGGAAAGUGUACGAUAAGGUCGUCGACUACUAUACCGAAGAGUUGGACAAACAGAUGGACGACAAACUGUUGCCAGACGUGACACUUAUUGGUCGCGACCGCAACACUGAACAGUUGGUACUGCUUUUGCAGCUAAUCCUCGGCUGUGCCGUCAAUUGUCAGCGAAAAGAGCAUUUCAUCGCUAUUAUGACAAACCUUGACCUCGAAGUGCAACUCGGCAUCAAAACAGCGAUCCAACGAAUGGAUCCCUUCGAAGACGGCAACAGUUUAGGAGGAAUUGAUGCCAACAUUUCCGCUCAUCAAAUGACUCCCGAAACCAAUGAGUCUUCUGUCCAAAGAUGUGCAGAACUGGAAGUGAUUGUCAAUAAACUGAAUAACGAGAAACUGAUGCUUCAGAUGGAAAACGAGAAAUUGUCCGAUAAGUUGAAGACAAUGCAAAGCUAUGAGUCAAACAGCAAUCAAAAGGAGUCCAUCGAUAACGAGGCCGUCUUUCAGGGACUCAAUAAUAAGAUAAUUAGUUUACAAAACGAUUUGUUGAGAACCGAAGAACUCAAAGAAGACUUCCGUUUGAGCGCCGAAUUGAGUGAAAAAGAGGCGAUCAAAUUGAGACAACAAUUGGAUCAAUCCAUGUCUAAGUUGAGUGACUUUAAACAAGACAGAGACGAAUUGGAUAGACUUCGGUAUCUCAACGAAGAGAUCGAAAGGUAUAAGAAUAAAGAGUCGGUUCACAAGAAGAAGAGCGAAGAAUUGAAAGAAACCAAACGCCAACUCCAAGCCAUCGAAGAACGCAAUGUAUCGCUCACUANUAGACUUCGGUAUCUCAACGAAGAGAUCGAAAGGUAUAAGAAUAAAGAGUCGGUUCACAAGAAGAAGAGCGAAGAAUUGAAAGAAACCAAACGCCAACUCCAAGCCAUCGAAGAACGCAAUGUAUCGCUCACUACAAGGAUUUGCGAAUUAGAGGAAGAAAUCAAGAGAUUAUCAUUAUUUAAGGGUCAGAUCGAUGUCUUCAAAAGACACAAAGAGGACCUCAGACUCAAAGUAGGAGAGGAAGGGUUCCGGGCGGACAGGGCUGAGGCCGAGACCAACCGAUUGUCCAAAAAGUGCGAAGAAUUACAACAGGAAAAGGAUAAAUAUAUCAACGAAUUGUUUGAUUUGAAGCAAGAGUUGAGUCAACAGAAGGGCUUAAACGCCAUGAGUUUUGAGACCGAGUUUUCGCACGCAAUCCAUUCGAGUCAACAAUCGGUGGAAAUGAUGCAAAAAAGUGAUUCCAAUUCGACUGAAAUUCGUGAGAAAUUAACGCGUCUUGAGUUCGAAAACACAAAAUUAAAGGAAAGUCGUGACGAAAGACACGAACUUCUUGAGUGCCAACUCGAAGAAGAGAGGGUCCGAGUUCUCGAGAUUGAGAGUGAGAAGCGACUCAUCAAUCAAAAGGUGAUUCAAUUAGAGGCAGAGUUAAGGGAUUCGUCGGUCCGACAGUCGGAUGACGACCAGAUGCAGACAUUUCAGGACAUUAUUAAAGAGAAAGCGCUGUCACUCGAGACUACUAAACACGAGUUACUGAACGCACAGCAAGAGAUUGAAUCACUUAAGGGAGUGAUUGUCAAAAAGGAUGAAGAGCUCACUGAGAGAGAAGACCAGUACAAG